UUCUUCCUCUCAUCUUUUUAGCCACUUCUAAUUCUUUUUGUUCCCAUUUAAUUUCUCUCUCAUUCCCCCCUUUUUUCGGUCUGUUUAUCUCUCUAGAAUGCAAAUUCGGAUUUUUCGCCGUUAAAUUUUUUGCAUUGAAACUACCAUGGAAGUUCCGACCAUUCUUUGCCGGGAACCCAUCUCGGAACCGCUGGGAAACUUCGCCGGCCGGAGCUCCACAGGUUCAAGAAUUGUUCGGAUUUCAAUGACUGACCCGGAUGCUACUGACUCGUCAUCCAGUGACGAAGAUGCGCUGAAUUUCACGCGCCGCCGUGUGAAGCGGUACGAAGUUGAGUUUACUAUCGGAACGGCGGCGGACGGCGGUGGUGUUCGGAAGUUGAAGAGGAAGAGGAAGGCGGUGGGUAAUGUGAGGAAAUUUCGGGGUGUCCGACGGCGGCCGUGGGGAAAAUGGGCGGCGGAGAUACGAGACUCCGGCCGCCGUGUACGACUGUGGUUGGGGACUUACGACACGGCGGAGGAGGCCGCCAUGGUGUAUGACAACGCUGCCGUGAAGCUUCGAGGACCGGCGGCUUUAACCAACUUCCCCACUCAUCUGCCGCCGUCACUUACCGGCGAAGACCCAUCGUCUCCGACGAAUAUCUCUUCUCCGACGUCGGUCCUUUACAGAACCCAGUUCUCCGGAUGUUCACCGUCUUACCGAGCCACCGCAACCGGCUGUGCCGUCGACGAAUCGCCGGUGGUCGAUUGCCCCUUCUCCGACGACAUAUUCAAAUCGAUUCUCUUGGAAUCGCCUCUGUUUCCAGAGUACCAAACAACUCUCAUACCAGAAACACCAUGGAUCGGCGGAGGCGGCGACGCUGGCUCUAGCGAAUUGGUGGCGGCGGCGGGGUCCGACGAAAGAGCAGAAGAUCAUGAUUAUUUUGAAGAAAUUUUGAUGGGGUCAGAUCCUUUGGUGGUCCUAUGAGUAAUUCAGUGAGUGACGCUUCAGAGUAAUCGGAAAAUGUGCCGCCGCCGGCCUGCUUAUGCAGAUUUUCUUCCGGCCGCCGCAAUGGAAUCUUUCUUUAGUCGGUGUUUUUCUAGAAAAAUCAAUUUUGAAUAAUAUUAUAUAAUUUUUCUUUAAAAUUUUAUUUUUUAAGUUAAAAAAAUAGACAAAAGCUAUGAGAUCGAACCAUUCAUCUUUGGGAUGAUAAUAUGUUCUCGAGUUUACUUUUAAAAUUUAUUUACGCUUAGUAAUGGUUCUUAUUUUUGUUUUUCAG